CGCGGUGCUCCGGCGUUCACUCGUGACUCAGCUCGCCUCCCGACCGGGGCGGCGUUGUACACCGAACAAGAACGACCGCGCGCGCAAGCAGCGUUGGGCGGUUAGGCAAUAUGCCGCGCGCCAGCGCACUCUUGCUGGCGCUAGCGGCUUUUAUGCUCGCAGACCAGUGCAUCUACGCCUCGUACAUCGACCCUGGUGACGAGGACAUCGAAAUAACCGGGCCUGAUUACGAAGAAGACCCAUCCGAUCUCCAACUUCUUCACGAUGUUGGCAAACGUUCGUCGCUGAUCUACGUUUUCAGGCGUGCGUGCAUACGGCGAGGAGGCAACUGUGACCAUCGGCCGGGUGACUGUUGCCAUUCGUCCUCCUGCCGCUGCAACCUCUGGGGGUCCAACUGUCGCUGCCAGCGCAUGGGACUCUUCCAGAAGUGGGGAUGAUGCUUCAACGUUACCAUCUCCCGCCGCGCCUUCAACAACUAGGCGCAGCAACUAAUGACCAUUGCGUUUUAUCACCGGACCCGUUGCGUUAGCUUAUACAUUUAUCUUCUCUUCAAUCUCAUAUCGUUUUAAAGUAGAAAAUUUGAAUCGAAAACAGGGACGUAGUUUUUAGUUCGGAGAUAUUUUUGGACCAUUUAUACUAAAAAUUAUAGCCGCUUUCUAGUCUUUGGUUCGUUGAGUUCAAUUAAUUGGUUUUACACUCUCGUUUGUUAACCUUUCUUUGUCUGAUUGCGCUGAGUGUCCGCCUACCUGGUUGGGCAAUCACCCAGCCUUAUUGCCCAAUCAGUAUGCUUUGACCCUAAGCUCGGCCAAUCAGAAUCUAGAUACUGCUUCCAGCUGUGGGUUCCUGAACGUUUAAUUUACAUUUUUAUUUCCAUACUUGAACCCAUCGCUCCAAGCAGUCUUAUUCUAUUGCAAUGUAUGUAUGUAGAGUUAAGUAAAAUAAUCGUAGAAAACAGUAGCUAAUUGGUGGUAAACUUAUGUCUAUAGGAAGUAGAUGAUACAGAUUAGAGAAAAAUUUAAAUUUAACUUUUGAAAUUAAUGUUCUAGCUAUUUAAGAGACUAACCGUAAAGAGAAACUUGGUGAAAGACGCUAUUAUAAGCCUUAAUAAAUACAACAACGCCACAUAUUUGCGAUUGGCAACUUAGUAUAUUAAAAUACUUAUUAAUGUGUCAAAGUAUAAUUCUUAUAAUAUUAUUAUAUAAAACGAAUCUUUAAUGUAUUCUAUGCGUCUCUCGGACAGGGGGUAUAUGGUAUUGCAGCCUAGUAGAAUCAUCUAUAUGUAGUUUCUUAAAUUAUUAUAUAAUAUUCCUGAUUAUGGAAUAUAAUAAAUGUAUGAUUACUAAUAUUGGAAUAUGGAAAACGAUAUAUUGUAUUAAUAAAUGUUUAUGGACGA